CCUCAAGCUACUCUACCUACUCUAGACCUACCUCAAAGAAAAGGUCAACACCCAGAAACCGGACGAGCACCGCACAAUGGGACUCGCAAGCAAGAGAUAAUCCAAUCUCAACAGCGGCAAUGGCUCCCUCACGCGCCUGUCAGCCUCUCGCCCAAGUCGCCACGCUUCUGCGACAAGGCCAGCGACCACUCUUCUCGCCGUCGCAAAUCAGCAACACCGCCGCCGCUUUCCCCCGCGCAACAGCAACGACAGCGGCAGUGUCAAGGCAUACAUUCCACACCACCGCACCGAGUAGGCGCAUGAAAGGCGACGCCCCGCAAACCGACUUCGGCGCCCUCAACGUCCUGGCCGACGCCCCCGUCCCCGCUACCUCCGUCGACGUGUGCGCGCCCGACGGCUUCCACCUCAACAGCGGCGCCAAGGUCGUUGGUGGCUCGGGCGUACUGUUGGUUGGCGGCGAGGCGUUUACGUGGCAGCCGUGGCUUGCGCGCGGGGGCGGAAGCGGGGAGAAGAGGUUGGUGAAUAGGAAGGGGCAGUGGGAGGUGCCGAAUGAGACGUUUGGCCUUUUUGGGUUGGUUUGGCCGCGACCUGAUCUGUUGAUAUUAGGGCUCGGCCCGCUGAAUCGCCCGAUUAGUCCCGAGUUGAAACGCCAUAUCGGUAGUCUCGGCAUGAGGGUCGAGGUUCUGGAUACGAGGAAUGCGGCUGCACAGUAUAAUCUGCUGGCUACGGAGAGGGGACUUGAUGAUGUUGCCGCUGCGCUGAUACCGGUUGGUUGGAGGGAGGGAGUCGGGGCGGCUUGAUGGACGGAUAUCAAGCCAAUGGUGGCUAACUCUUUAACGGCGUUAAGGUGGCCAAGGAAAAGCACUCAUCUCAACUCAUACAUAGCACAUUGGACGAAAAGCAGCAUAUCACAAUCACCGAAGUCUCAUCAGUACUUGUCGCUAAAAUCCCAUUCCAUUACCCCUUAUUGCCUAACCGACCAUUUUCCCCAUCCUUAUGAAAAUGCCUUAAAACAAGAGACCUGUAUGAUCCAGAGAGCCCCCCAAGGGCCCAGAAGAUAAAGCCGAAGGAACGCUGCAUCAUGUGUCGAAAAUGGUAAUUCGUUAAAAAUCAAACGCUGUGGAUGUCGCUGCGAAAAUUUGUCGGGGAGAUUCGGUAGUGGGAUGGAUGGCCGUUUCGUGGGCGACUCUGAUAGUCACUGAGGGUGAAACUUGCUUUACAAAAGCAUCUCCAUGACCCAAUUUCGGUCUACGAAGCCUUGUUCCCUGUUGGCGUUCAUGACAAAUAGCCAUUCUAAAAGUAAUCUAAUUAGCUUGCUGUCUGACAGGUUGAGUGGGAGCUCAAAUAGGGUCACAUACGUUCAUAUCCGCGCCAAAUGAUGUACAAGGUUUCGCCCAUUCGAACAGAGAGCUGGUUCUCUGUCUCUUUCUGGAAGUUGCCACGCGCGAUGACGCGUGGGUACUUCGGAUCUAUGGGUUCAGUCAUGGUGAUGAAUUGUUGGUAGUUGAUCGAAAUUGAAUCCAAAUUAUUUUUAUUCUUG